AACAAACCACCCCCACUCCACACAGUAAUCCAACUUAGUCAGCCUGCCUUGACCAGCGACACACACAGUGUGACCACGGAUACCCCGGCGCAGGUCACCCGCCUGCCUGUCAAUCGCCGUGCCGUCAUUUUGCAUCUUCCUUGUCUCUACCAAAUUUCAGGUGGGACAACUGCACUGCACUGUUCUCUUCUGAGCACAGUCAAACUUGCGACUCGAACCGUACCUUUUCCAGCUUUCUCUUUCGUUGCUACUCCAACUCCACCCAAAGCGUGGUUCAACAUCACCAUUUUUCCCAUUCAAGAGAUGAAGCUCCUGCUGGGUCGAUAUUCUAUUAUUACCCGGUGACAAGCACUCUCCAAUCGCCCACACGCACACGCGACAAGACAACCUAUCCGACUCACACCACUUCAUUAAACCCUGCAUUCCGACUUUGAAACCAUGGCGUCAGACUCUCCCCAAGCCGCCUCCCCGCGCAAGGCUGAGCCGGAACAAAGCACACCGGCCGAUGAUGCCUCCGACCUCAAGCAAGAGCCCACCGAGAACGAGAACGACUCAAAAUCGACUUCACCCAAGGGCGAUAGAGACGAAAGCUCGAAACGAGACUCGAGCUCCCCAGAGUCCGGCGAGGCCAGCUCAAUUGGCUCUCCCGCUCCUACCGACGCUCGCGACGAUAAUCCUACUUCAUCCACCGAUGCGCCACCCCUCCCCAACGAGGCGCCGCCCCUACCCGCCGGAGCUCCUCCAGCGACACAAGACGACGGCUGGGACUUCCAGUGGGAUCCUACAGCCCAGGCAUACUACUUCUACAACCGCAUCACGGGCGCGUCGCAAUGGGACAACCCUCGCGUACCCACUUCCGGCGGCGCAACACCAGCAGCAGCAGCACCAGGAGCACCAGGCACGACCGCCUCCGCGACCGCGACACUCUCAGGUCCUCCUCCCCUCCCAAAGAACGACGCCCCUCCAGCCGGCGGCUACAACCCAGCCAUUCACGGCGACUACGACCCGAACGCGUGGUACGCAAAGGGCAGCGCGGCCGACGAGGACGAAACUGCCCAGACGUCCGCCUCUGCGAUCAACGGCGGCGAGUACGGCGCGAUGGCGCAGUUCAACCGCUUCACCGGCCAGUUCCAGACGCUGGACGACGGGCCCGACCGCCACACGGACGAGGCCAAGAGCCGGCGACAGAUGAAUGCCUUUUUCGACGUCGACGCCGCGGCCAACUCGCACAACGGAAGGAGUCUCAAGGCCGAGCGGAGCGGCAAGAAGCCCAGCAAGUCUGAGCUCAAGCAGUUCAAGGAGAAGCGAAGGGCCAAGAAGGAGGAGAAGCGGAGGGCUUGGUUGCGGGAUUGAGUUAUGGGGCG